UCUGCCUCGCUGAGUUGCCUCUUUCUGGAAAGUGGCGAGGAACUCUGAAAAGACGUGUUUUUCCUCGUAGCCAUUGUCCCCUUGAUGCAAACGGGGGAAACGGGGGCAACUGAGGAGCACUUUUCAACCAGACCAAAGACAGAGCACUCAGCAUGAUUUUAGGAGGAAUAAACCGAGCAGGGGCAGCCGUGCCCACGUUCCUGAGGACCCCCACCGUGAUCCAGCCGCACCUGGACAUGAAGCCCUUCCUGCAAUUCCCCAUGGAGACAGCCCCCCCUCCACACAGCAUGAGCCUCUUCCACAACUUCAGCACGAUGGAUCCGGUGCAGAAGGCUGUGAUCAACCACACUUUUGGAGUCCCUCUGGUCAAAACCAAGAGGCCAAUCAUCUCCUGUAACGUCUGUCAAAUCCGCUUCAACUCCGAGAGCCAGGCAGAAGCACAUUACAAAGGCAACCGCCACGCCAGGAGAGUCAAAGGCAUCGAGACCUCCAAGAGUCGUCCUCAAGACGGGGACAAACCUCCUACUGUGCCCCCCACCUCGUCUCCAUCACCGCCUGGAGUCCACAGCAGUACCUCUGACAGUGAGCCAACCAGCAAACCAGAUGAAACUCAUCCCAUACCCCAGAUUAAUGGACCUCUGCUUCCUCCAUUGAGCGACCCAACAACACCACCUCUAGACUCUCCCAUUCCCUCUGUCUGCCCCAUGCUAUCUGCCCCAACUCCACCCCUCAUGCCCCCUGCCUCGUCCUCUCCUGGCUGUGGGGGCACCAGCAGUGUUAGCAGCACUGGUAGCUCCAGCUCUGAGCAGCCUGUGUCCGGACCCUCUGCCCCCAGCGUGACGUCCAGCCCAGAGACAGAGGAGGACAAGGCCAAGAAGCUUCUGUACUGCUCACUUUGCAAAGUGGCUGUAAACUCCUUGUCACAACUGGAGGCUCACAAUAAAGGUACCAAACACAAAACCAUCCUGGAGGCACGCAGCGGGCUGGGCCCCAUCAAGGCGUACCCACGAUUGGGCCCCAAACCCAGUGGAGAGCAAGGAGGAGGGCCAGUGGACCCCAACACUCAGGAACGCACCUUCCACUGUGAGAUCUGCAAUGUGCGGGUCAACUCAGAACUGCAACUUAAACAGCACAUAUCAAGUAGAAGGCACCGGGAUGGUAUGGCUGGAAAGCCUAACCCUCUCCUCAGUAGACACAAGAAGCACAGGGGAGCCGAUUUAACGUCUUCUUUGACCUUCUCCAAGGAUCUCACCAAAGCGUUGGGUGCAGGGUUGUUGCCCAGCCCGUUGGCGGUUGCUGCAGCAAUGGCUGCCGCUGCGUCCUCUAACCCACUGGCUCUGAGAGCAGCAGCUCCUGCACCCCACCCUCACCACCUCCUGCAGGGUCCCCCUCUGAGCCACGCUAUCCUGAGACCAGCCCCGGGGCCCAUCCGCACCACACACGGGCCCAUCCUCUUCUCUCCAUACUGACACAUCAACCUAACUGCAGUCGCAGAAACAGCCACUCAAAAGCACACUGUGAAGAUACAAACAACAAACAGCAAUUGGGGAAAUUCUGAGGGCGAUUUAUCUGAGAGAGCUAGAGGAGUUGAUGCCAGUUUUCCCUUUACCUGAACUCUCCCUCUAUUUCAAAGACUUCUGAGAUUCACCAGAGAAAUGAGCAGAGGAGAGAUAUCCAUUAUGCAUUGAACUCCCUGGUACAUCUCUCACCUCCCUGUGUGGUGGACCUGUUGAGUCGCUACAAUAGCUACAGAAGAAACCCAUGCAAACCAUUUUCCAAACAUUAAGCUACAUGUAGUGUUACCUAACAACUCUGGGCAGGGUGUUUUUCUCUUGUUGUUAUGGCUCAGUGUUGUCUCAUCCUAUGCACCUCAAAGACAAUAAUGUUAUGUCAGUAGCGUAGCUGCUUCCAUUGGUCUUAGCUGUAUUGGCCUGUGGACACUCCUGCCCCAUAGUGACAGUAGGUCCCUUUAGUUACAAACAAGACUUAAGCUGACAGGCAAUUGGUCACCACAUCUGAACAAGAGACAUGCACGGCUAUGGGGGACUAUGCUCCCCUGUCAUCUCCUGAGAGGUCUAGGUGAGAGGAGGGCUGGCAUGGGUCAGCGGAUGGAUGGACUUCAGGCAGCAUGCUAACACGCACACAGAAGCCUGAACAAAUCUGUGUUUCAAAAUAGAUUUACCAAGAGAAACUGCUUCAGGGCACAUCUGCCAACCUUUAUAACAGUCAGACAGAGGCUUCACUGAAGGCAAAAAACUAGUCAAAACAUAUUGAAUUGGACACAUGCAGUACUUAGAUUAUAUAGUAGUUUGUAUGACUCAUUCAGUGUUAAUGAAAUCAUCAAUAUAGAAGCAAUUUCCCCAUUUAUCAUAAUGUAAGCCUGUGCAAUCAUUUUGUUGCAUGUGAACUGAAAUGGUCCUGUAAGUUCUACCUUCUGCAUGACUACGUUGACCUCUAGUGCAAUGCCAUGCCCUCCUCCUCCAACCUGCUCUCUUCUUUCAUGUCCAAAGGCACAAACGAACAAAAAGUAGAGGGCGUGCUAUGAAUGGUGGCCAUAAUGCUAGAAGGGAACAAAUGGUAGAGAGGAAAAUGAAAGCCAAAUACAUUCUUGAGAAAUGACGCUGAGUGGCAGUGACAGGCAAGCAUGAAGCCCACAGAGGCUGCCCCGAGCUCGGACACAGCCCUAGGCAUCUAUCUAUACUUUAUCUCCUCUAACUGAAAGCCAUGAAGCGCACCAUGAUUAGCUUUCUUUUACAAUGACUGGUGAGCACUUUGUUUUCUUUGGGGUUGAAUUGUUGUUUUUGCAUUUAUAUUGCAUAAUAUAUAAAAGCAGAAAACACAAACUAUUUUUGUAGGUAGCAAAUGUGUUAUCAAUGCAUUCAUUGACUAGAGAGAGAAUAUUAUUGUGGAUAAAUAGUACUGUUAUCAUUGAACCCAGACACACUGGCAUGCAGGCAAAGGAAGUGACUAAGCAGCAGAAGCAGAGCUAAACCUUUUUUCUGAAUUAAGAUAUUUACACUGUGCCCUUCAUUGAGAAGCAAUGAGCUCUAAUGUCUUACCUUUGUCUAAAUAUUGCAAUGCAAUGGGAGUGACUUGUAUCUGUGUAACAUGUUGUGACAUGUUGUGGAGUGAGUGUGAACUGGGAGUGAGCCAGCUGACAGAGUUCAGUGUUCUUCCAUGCCCUUGGAGGGCACAUUGGGACAUGAUGUAGACAGACUGACAGAGGUUAUAGCUGGGCCCUUCAUAUUAAAGGGCCAUCUUCAAUGAUAAUCUCUGCUUGGGGAACAGGGUACAAAGCCAGGGAUCAGAGGAUUAGAGCUAGACUUGUUCAUCACCAUUGUUUUUGGUUGAUCUUUGUCAUGCGUUUAUGUGUGUGUGAAAUCAGACAGAUUUCCAUUGCCAUUACUUAAACAGAAGCUGGACUUGGCCUCCACCAUUGUGCUCUUUUUGUUGAUUAUGAGUGAGAAACUCAACUGCUGGUGUGUGUAAUAUGUAUUCUAGUGUGUGUUGGGACCCACUUCGAUGAAUCAGAGAUGAGAAAUCUGGAGCUAUAAGUGGCCUAACUGUAAACCAGAGACAAAAACCUGCAUGUGGGGACUGGAAACACAACACAUCCUUCUGGAGACUAGACCAUCCAACAAACCUGAGUACGGCUCCUCUUCCUGGUAGAUAAAGCUAGUAGCAGCAACACAGAAGUGUUCAUACCCUUGUUCUUGAGUUCAUAAUGUGGAGAUCCACCCAUUUCAUCGUCACUAUUCUCUAAAUGGGAUGUAAGUGUUAGAUUCAAGGCAGGUAUUUCAUGUUAGCUGUAUUUAGGCUACUAGCCUUAGCCUUAUUCUGCCCUCACAUGGAGAGGCUUUGGUGUAAUUUUGUCUUGCCAAUAAAGUUAUUUUUGAAUUUCAUUGUUGGAGGGACAACGUUUGUAUGGCGAAACUGUAGCAAUACCUGACUCAUUCUGGCUACUCUUGUUUAUUGCAAUAAGAAAAUGAAAUAAUAAAUGUGUAUGUGAGUAAAGCAUUAUAAAUGUAAUUUAAUGAAAAGAAACUUUAUGGUAAACACUAUUGGUAUUCAGAGAAACCAUGGUGCAAAUCUGUACAUGUCAAUAAAAUCA